CGCUCUCCUACUCUCUCACGCAGCAGAGCGCCGACCAGUCAGUCCCCCUGCGCCGUCCCGCGAUGUGGGAGACCUCGGAGCCCCUGCCUGCCAUGGGCCCACGGCUGCUCUGCUUGCUUCUAGUCUCCGUCCUCAGCACCUGUCGAAGUGCCGAAGACCAGUUGGACGUCUUCAUAAACUUUGUCAACGUCACCAUCUGGCCGCGAGAGCGCGUGGAGAGCGGCACGGACGUCCGGCUGGAGUGCAGGACCGGCAUCGUCGUCAUGCAGGGUCAUUCCCCGAGCGUGGGACGGCCGGCUCCGAAGAGGCGGCAGUACGUCCUCCUCAAGAAUGACGAGGAGGUGAACUCCAGCGAGUCAGAGGCAGAUCAGCAGACCUUCUCCAUCCCGCGGGCUCGUGUGGCCGAUUCGGGAAAUUACCACUGUCGGGUCAAAGCGCACGGCAGGAGUAAGAGCAGCGCUGAGCAACAGCUUACAGUGCAAGGCCUGCAGACCCCGACUUUGGUCCUCGACACUUACUCUACGGUCGAGGGCAAAGAGGUGUUGGCCAACUGCAGCGCCCCGCUGGAGCACGGCACCUUCUUCUUCUCCUUCUACGAGAACUCCAAGGAGGUGAAAAGACUGCGGUCCGCUACUGGCACGGCCGCGGCAAAGCUGACGCCCAGGUAUGGCCUACAGAAGUGGCUGUACUGCCGAUACACGGUCAUCCUGUGGUCCGACAGCGUGCUUUCCAAUCCCAGCAACAACGUGACUCUUGAUGUGUACGAGCUGUUCGUGACACCCAGCAUUUCGGUCUGGCCCGCAAACGAUGUUGUCGAAGGGGACCGCUUUGCCAUCAGCUGUACCAUCAAGACACACCAACAGAACCCGUUUCUCAUCCUGACGCAAGAAGCGGAAAACGUAGUGGCCGUCGGAAAAGGCACGGUCGAAUUCAACGUGACCGCGAAUACGACACACUCGGGGGUUUACACCUGUAAAGCAAACAUGAACGAUGUGGAGAAGCACGCGAACACCACCAUGAGUGUCGCAGAGCUCUUUUCAAAGCCGGUUUUAUCCGUGCAUCCGCCGGAGGUGUUUGAGAACGAGUCGUUCGCGGUAACGUGCUACAGCUCAAACGUGACUCCGCACAGGAUCCAGCGCGGUGACCUGCAGUACUCGCUUUACAGAGACGGAAGGGUCGUUUCGCGCUCCGACACCUACUCCGCCACAGCCGCCCCGGCCCUCAACGGCCGUUACGGCUGCAAAGCCAGAGCCGGAAACAUUUGGAAAGAAAGCACCGAGUUUGUCCUUAAAGCGAAAGAGCUGGUGUCCCAACCUUUGAUAAAAGCUGUCGGAGAAGUGAUACUGCACAGAGCCUUCGAGAUCCAGUGUUCCAGUGCGAGGGGCCACCUCCCCGUCCACUACAUCCUAAUGAAGGGCCGCACUCCGGUUCGCAACGUCACGGUGAACGAGCCCAACUACCGCGCGACCUUCAUGGUCUCCGUACACAACGUUUCAGAGAUCCGCAGCUUUGCCUGCCAGGCCGAGAACAACGGCCCCUCGUCCAGGGUUUUGGGCCGAAGGCUGAACGCCUCGGUCAUAGUCCCCGUGUCGACACCGGAGCUCAAGGUGCCCCCGGACAUCGUUGAGGGGAACAACCUGACCCUCGUAUGUAGAAUCGAUUCGGGCUCUCCUCCCGUCACCUUCGAGUGGUACCUGCAGGGCAGCAAGAUGCCCCUGUCGACCAACACUGUGGAAGCCAGAUCUUCUAAACUGCUUCAAGAAAGUCCUGCCUGGGACCUCCGGGACUUUCAGCCUCUGUACGCAGAGCAUCAGGUGAAGAAAGUGAAGAUGGAGGAUGCCGGCGACUACUACUGCCGGGCCCUCAACGACGCCGGAGAUGCCACAAGUUCUUUUGUCAAUGUCAAAGUGGAGCUGGCGCAUUGGAAGAAGGGUCUUAUCGCCGCCUUUUGCCUCCUGCUUGUGGCAGCCAUCGUCAUCGGUGCCAUCGUCUGGUUCAAGAAUAAAAGAGGGAGGCGGCACAUGGCCACAGAACUCUCGGUAAAGCCUUCGAGCCCUAAAUCAGAUGACUCACUGACAGCGAGUCUUGCCUACGACACAGAAGUUUAUAACGCUCACAAAGACGCAGAGCCGCAGUGCGACGGCACAGAGGGAAGAGCGACCAACGGGAUGCGAGAUAGCAUGGCAUCGUUUCCCGCCAACGGCAGCAACAGGAGCAGCUGCAGCAGCCCCGCCACGGUGUAGGGAGCGGCGGCGGGACGCUGAAGGAAGAGCGACGCUGGAGACGGACGGGACACACGCAAGCACGAAGACCUAGGAGAGGCUGCCUGAGAGAGACUGAGAGAUGGGGACCUUCUAGAAAAUUUGCACAAGCUUUCGCUUUGCUUUUUUUUUUUUUUUCUUUUUCUUUUUCAAGUGUUGGGCGGUGGCUUAACAACCUUGCAAACCACACAAGGCGGAACUUAAGAAGGAAGUGAUUUAAGUUUUCCGAACACGGCUUGCGGUGGCCUCUGCUGCCACCUCUCCCUUCCGCUGAGCCGAAAUCUCCGGAAAGACCCUCGAUGAGGCGACGUGCGCCGCGCUCCCCCCCCCGGCCCCCCGCGCCACGGAGCGAAACGAGGCCCCUCCAUCGCAUGUUCCGCCGCACCUCUGUAGCGCAUCGCCAUCGCCGGCAUGGUGACUUUGUCCCCACGUUCUCACCUCUCCCGCCGGCUUUGCCGCGUCCCCCGUGCGUCCAUCCAGCUGCUUGCGCCUCCCUCCGUGCGUCUCUGUGUGCGCUUGUGUCUAUGUAUAACUGCGUUACUGCGUUUCGCCUCGUUGCGAGAACGACUUGCAGAAUAAACGGUUGUAAUAUAUUUCGGAUCAUGUCUCCGUCAGUGCUUUCUUUAUCGGCGCCAAAAAGCGCCUUCCGCACACAGGCCGGUUACCGGUACCUCACUAGGAGGC